GUUAAUCAGCGGGUAGUCAAUAAUAUUGAGAUUUCUUCAAUUUUAAAAUCAUUUAGUAAAUUAUUUACCACCGUUCACCAUAUUAUAUUCAUGAUUAUCCGAACAGCAAAAGCGCAGUGGUAUUAAUUGUGUUCUUGAAUGCUAUGUUCUUGUGUGGAUAAAUUUUACUCGUCGUUGUAGCCAUGGAGUACACAAUGCAGAAUUUAGAAUAUGCGGUGUCCGUAUUUUACAACGGCGAGCAAGCGGAACGAGCAAAAGCUCAUACUUGGUUGACUGCUGCGCAAAGGGUUCCUGAAGCCUGGAAUUUUGUAUGGGACCUCCUACAACCUACCAAGGGAACAGAGAUUCAGUUUUUUGCAGCUACCACAUUGCAUACAAAGAUUCUACGUUGUUGGAAUGAAUUGCCAUCUGAAAGCUAUGAAGAAUUGAAAAAUAAAUUACUUCAAUCUGUUAUUACUUAUGCUAAUGGGCCAAAAAUUGUAACAAAUCGCUUAUGUAUAAGUUUGGCAGCUUUCAUUCUCCAGAGAGGUUCGGAGGAUCUUCCUAGUACACUUGUUCCAUUAUCAUCCACACAGAAUUCCUCCUUGCUUCUAGAAGUUCUUACUGUAAUACCAGAAGAAUACAACAGUAUGACAAUGGGAACAUCGCUAAGGAGCAAGAAUCGUGCUGCUCUGCAUCAAGCUUGUUCCAUGGUGAUGGAUGACAUGUUGAGGAUACUGCAAACAGUGUUUAAUGAUUACAGUAACAGUCCACCAAGCGAAGAAACUAUAAACUCGUGGACAUUGGCAGCAUCAUGUGCAGCCAGCUGGCUCUCGCUAGGUAGCGAUGAAUCUACGGAUUCACCAAUCUCAUUCACAGAUAGAACUCCUAUGUUAAGAGCUCUCCAAACAGCUGUUCAUGUUUUGUAUGUGAGCAACGGCGUAGUCAGCGGGUCGGCUCUAGAAGCGUGCGAAGCGUGCCUCUCAGCGGUACGAGUAGCAGGCACGCACGGAGACGCGCACCGCCACCAGCGGGCUGCGCGCGCAUUGCUAUCUGAUCUAGCGAGUCUCGUAGCGCCUGUUAUGGCGGAGUACAACGUGCCCGACUCGAUUAAUGAGGAAUUGCUGUGCGCCUUGAUCACAUGUUGCGUCGCCGUAGCUGAAUGUCACUCGGGGACGUUAGUGCAAAUGGUGCAAGAGGGCACCGAGGGCGGGGGCGAAGGCACUAGCGCGGGGGCGGAGGCCGGAGCAGGGGGAAAACUCCUACUGCAACUGCUGCUCGCUGCGCAAGCGUCGCCGGGCUACUACCCACUGCACGAGACGAGAUCGAACCUGCUGUUUGGCUUCUGGUACACUUUGCAGGAUGAAAUAUUGAAUGUGACAGAUGGCACAGAGAAAAUGCAACCGAUAUGGCGGGAUGUUUUUUCGCAGCUACUUGUGACUUUAAUAACAAAGUCCGAAAUGCCACCAGACUCAGACCUAUCGCAGGAUGAUCUAGAACUCAUGAGGUGCUAUCGACAGGAUGUAGGAGACGCAAUUAUGUACUGCUACGCGGUGCUCGGCGAGUGGUGCUGGGAGGUGGUGGAGCGCGCGUUCACGGGCGCGCACUCGGAGGGGCGGCGCGAGGCCGUGCUGCACGCCUUCGCGGCGCUCGCCGACGUGGCCCGCCAUGGCGACGCACCCGCCUCGCUGCCGGCCAUGUUGAGACAUGCGGUGCAUCUGGUGGGAGACACGACGGACCAACGCACGCUGGAUACGGCACUCGAUUGUAUUGGCACGUACGCAUCGUGGAUAUGUUGGCUGGAAACAGAAGCGGCAGGUCGUGCGGCAGGCGCGGAGCCGCUCGGCAUGCAGUGCGUGCGCGCGGCGGGCGGUGCGCUGGCCCGCAGCCCGGUGGCCGCCGCGCUGGCGCUGCGCCGCCUCGCGUGCGACUGCGCCGCGCCCGCGGCCGCGCUCGUGCACGAUAUCGUGCAGGCUGCGCUGAGCGCGGAGGGCACGUCGGACGCGUGGGUGCGGCGGCAGCUGACGAGCGCGGCCGGCGCGGCGCUGGCGGCCAGCGAGCCGCGCACCGCCCUGCCGCUGCUCGCCCGCCUCGCGCACCACCUCGCCGCGCAGAUCGCCGUGCAGUCCCAAGCGGAGAGCGGCGGCACGGUGGCGGCGGAGUGCGGCGCGGCGCUGAUGGCGGGGCUGAGCUGCCAGCCGCCGCUCGCCGCCGAGCUGCUGCGCGCGCUGCUGCCCGCGCUCGCCGCCAUGCCGCACGUGCCGCGCCUGGUGGAGCCGAUGUUUUUAGUACUGAAGCAAACAGUGUCCACAAUGAUGGGCGACUGUGUGCCCUUUAUAGACCAGAUCUCGCAGCUCACUAUCACAGCCUUCAACACGAAGCCCUGUCCUAUUGGCUUGGAUGUUGUAAAACUUCUAGUCCUAAUGGUGGGUGAGGAAUGCGAGCAAGUGAAGGAAGUGUUAUUAUCCGCGGUUUGUGCGACCGCUCGCUUACUGGCACAGAGUCAAUUGACGAACACAACACCGCCCAAGUUCCAGAAACCGGAUUUAGUUGAAGCGUUAUUUACAAUGCUUCAUAUGAUGACGAGGAAGAAACCGCAUUUUAUUGAUGCGUUAGAGAGUGUGGUGCCGGAUCUCGUUCAGCUUGCUUGCGGGUGCGUGCGAGUGUGGGAAGUACACGCAGCGCGCUCGUCGUGCCUGUUUCUCAGCGCGCUGGCUGCGCGAAAUCCGCGUGCGUUACGAGACGCGGCUCCAGAGCUCACGUAUGCUGCGCUGCGGUGUAUCGGCGGUGCGAGUCCCCGCAACCAGAUGGAGCCCCUAGCGGAACUAUUGCUGGCACUAAACCGCGCCGCGUGGGGCUCCGGCUCGCUGGGCACGUGGCUGCGCGCGGCGCUCACGGCGCCCGACUUCCCCACGCACCACGCCACGCCCGCGCACAAGCACCGCUUCAUCGAUGCCGUGCUCAGGGAAAAGACUAGCAAGCGUAAAUUACUGGAGUCGGUGCACGAAUUCUCGCUCGUGUGUCGCGGGCUCGUUGACACGGAAUACGCGAAACAGACCAUCGCGUCCAAGCAAUUAGUGACCUAAAUACUUUAUACUUAAGGAUUAAAAUUAAUUGUAAUCUACGCAGACAUAAUUUUAAAUUCUAAACGUUCUCACACUGUUAAUUUAAAGUUAUACGUUAUGUUUCAUGCACACACCGUUGACAUCGUACGCACAAUGUUUUUCCUUGUUCUAUGUUAAUACUUCAGCUAUCUUUUUUUUUUCAUUUGUGGAAAUAAUAAAAAAACAUUUGAUCGUUUUUCUGUGUGACAUUUUUCUUUUUAUAUUUUGUAUCGUUUGUAAAUAGUAUAUUUUCUGUAUUGCCUAUAAAUUGUAUGGAGGCAUGAAGCGGCCUGCUCCGUCCGGGUAAGAGGACUAAUUUUCCUUGAAAAUUAAUUGCUUAUAUUCUUUUGAUGUUUGUAAUAACGAAAUGAAAUUUGUGUCAACGUUACCAAGUUGUAAAUUGAUAUGACACAUGAUUAGGCCGAAUUUACACCUGUACGGUAAAUAUUCAAAUAAGCUUAUUUCUUUAAUAGUGUAACAAAUGGCUACCUACUUGCGACACCAUAUACACAAAAACAGGAUACUAAUAUGUAUCUACGUUACAUAUGUAUUGUAAUUUAUUUAAAAAUAAUACCAUGUAGUUGUAAUAAUUUUCUCAUUUGUAAAUAAUCAUGUUCUCCUAUAGACUAGAUUGUAAAUAUAAGUUUUCUAUUAAAAUAAAAAGAUGCAAUAUA